UGCCCUGUUUUUUGGUUUACCUUGUUUACCUGCAUCCAAUGCCGACGUGCCGAAAAAUCCGGAAAAAUGUUACGGCAGAAUCUAUUGGACCAGCUCAAGCAUUUUAUAGAUACGGUUAGCAAAGGGCUCAGCAGUCCCCAGCUGCUGACGAGUCCCAAUCUCAUCAAGCUCGCGCUGAGCUUUCUGGAGGAUCUGCCCGCCACGCGCGACAUCGUAUUCGAGUACUUCGCCCUGCUGGCCGAAAUCAGCGUCCAGCUAUAUGUGUCACCGGAGAUGGUGGACCAAAAAACCGGUAUGCCCAUCUCCCAGGUGAAACAGGGCGGGAAUCGUCAGCAACAGCUCCGAGCAGCGGAGUAUGAGAGCUUCAAUAUUGUUAAAACGGCGCUUCAAAGUCUCGUUUGGAAGGGUCCACCCGCCUGGCCCCCGCUGAUAGCCAACUGGAGUCUGGAGCUUGUGGCAAAGCUAUCCGAUAAGUAUACCCAACGGAGGAUGACCAUCACCGCGAGCUGCAACUACUGGCUGGAGUGCAGUGCCAUGCAUGGCCUUAUGACUCUCAUCAACAGCUGCUUCCGGAAACUGACCCAGCAGGAGGAGGAGGCCUGCGUGGAGAUUAUGCUCAAUGCCUUUCACCGCUUCCCCAUGACCUUUGACUGGAUCGUGGCUCGGCUCGGCGGCUGUUUUCCAUACAAAAUCAUCAUGCAGAUCCUGCAGUGCGGCAUUAAAAGAUUUGUGGAUGACUACCGAUGUCACUUGGACUCGGAAGCGGGGAUUCUAGACUACAUGACGUCCUGCCACGAACAGCAUUUGCGAGCCGCCUUCCGAGAAAUGUUGCGCGAGGGUUUUGCACCCAAAAAGCCACUAGAUGUGGCGGUUGUGCCUUUCCUGCUUAUCACCACCAACUACUCGGAUGCGAUUCUGCAGAGUUUGGUCAAUGUUCUGGUAGAGAUUUAUUCUGAAGAAAUGUGCGAUGUUAUUGUCCAAAAGUCUCCCCUUUGGCUGAGCAACAAGAUGUUUGCCGACAUGCAGCCCACCUUGAACAAUGCCGUUCUCCGGCUUAGCGAACACGGAGCUACGUUACUAAUCACAGCCGCAAAAAUGGCCGAGAGGUUCGUGUGGUGCCAGGACUUUUUGGACAACUCUUUGCAGGAAUUGGAGCAGUGGGUGCUGAAUCAGCGUAACUUUCCUCUGCUAGCCGACCUGGCAUUCGAGGAAACCAAGUACAUGCUAUGGAAAAGUUGCCUCAGCCCUAAUAUCAUUGAACAGCAAACAGCCGUGCGCUUGCUUCUGGUAGUCUCUUCCCAGCACCCACAUAUCUACUACCAGACCAUAUCCCAGCUACUGAGGAAAUCCUAUGGACAAAAUCCCAAUGGAAUUGGCGCACUCAUUCGACUGCUGGGUGGACAAAGCGGCAUGGUGAAUUUUCCCGGCUACACACAGGGCUUUAAAAUGGUCCUCGAGGACAUCACGCUGCAUGUCCAGGUGAACAACCGGCUGCCAGUACCCCCCGGCACGCCUACCGAAGCGUUUAAUACAUUCUCCAACCUCAACAUAUUAGCCAAAAUGCACAAGAGCAAAAAUGUGGCUCCCUAUAUAAAAGCUCCGCAGCUGAACCAGGCCCUCAACGAGUGCCUUCCCAAGAUUAUACAGAUCUUUGACUGUACGGUCAACAAGUUGGUUCUAAGGAUGGACAAGGAUGCGGCGGAAAGAAGUGCGUUGAAGUUUAAGGAGCAGCAAGCGAACAACAACAAUAACCACGUCUACAAUGGAAAGGAAUACGGAAAGCGACCCAAGCUGGAACCGGUGGAAGUAGAGGAGGAGCAGGAUGAAGACGCCUCCCGCAUGCGAUUAGCGCAUCUCAUCGUAGAUUUGCUAAACAACAUUGAAGCUGGCAGCCGAACGAAUGUCCUGCGCACGCCGCUGGUUCUAAAACUAGCCAUGCUCAGCGUCAAGUAUUUCUUUGUAGGCCUCACCGAAAAGACUGUCAUCCGACGAGCAGCAGCUUCGCAUCGUUCGUUUUCAUUGCUGCAGCGUCAGUGCUCCGCGAGAAAAAUUGCCAGAACUGUUUGCCUAAGGGAGUUGGUGGAGGGAGCCCUCUUCUAUCAUGGCCAUUUGCUGGGUCAGCUGGAGGAGUACGAACUGGAUGAGCUGCAGAUUCCGGAGCAGGAGUUGCUCAUUCUGCAAAACCUGCACACCAGUUCUGGCGCCAAUUCGAAUCGUUCUGUGCUGCACUCCGGCAUCAUUGGCCGAGGUCUGCGACCUGUUCUGCCCAACAACAACCGAAGCUGCGACGCUGAAAAACAGGCCUUGUAUCUCAAGGCACUGAAUGCCUGCUGCGCGGAUCUGGAAAAGCCAAACAAUGUGGAAGGCUACUCGCUGGUUUCACUCCUCUUGGUCGAGCUUGUUUCCACGGAUGUCAUGUACAAUGGUCUGCCCUUUCCGGACGAAGAGUUCACCAAGGUCACAAUGGAGCGGGAUAUGCAGAUCCGAAGGGCAUUCAUCACCUCGCCAGUUUUGUGGGCCGUUCUGGGGCUAAUCGCCGGCCACCGUCCUGCACUUUGUUACUCUUCGGUACUCCUAAGAGCACUGUGUGCCACCUGUUUGCAUCAUUGGCGGGGCAAGAAUGUCAACAAGUUCCAACCCACCUCUGCCAAUGACGAGCUUAUGCUGUGCACAAAAAAGCUGUUGCAACUUUUGGCCAUGAGCCAACUGAUCCCGCCACCUCUUACCAGCCUUCAUAUCAUUAUCGAUCACUUUGAAUCAGCCGAGAUUGCCUUGCUCCUGCGCGAGUGCAUCUGGAAUUACCUGAAGGAUCACGUGCCCUCGCCGGCCCUUUUCCAUGUGGAUAACAAUGGUCUCCACUGGCGCAAUACCAGCACCCAGCUGGCCAGAGUACCGCCGCAGUAUGUGGACACAUUGCGGCAUUUAAUGCAGCGGAAGCUCUCUACAUUGGGGAGACACUACCAUCAGAUGUUUAUCAUGGGCGAGUUGGCGGAGAAUAGGAGCGAGCCGGAUCCCACGGCACGAUUGCAAAUCGUGGAACUAGAAUAAGCAGCCGUAGUUAGCUAGCCUAAUCUUUUGUGUGUGCGUGAAUGUGGAUGCCAAUGUGGAUAUGUGGAUAUGGAUGAGAUGGAUUGGAAAGUCUGGAUUGUGGAAUUGUAGAGUGUGCGAUGUGUGCAAACUAAAUGCAGUGUUUGUAUUUGAUCUUUAAUGGGUUCUUUUAUUUUCGAUUCAGUGGUUUGUAAAUUAAAAUCUCAACCUAGGCCUUUUGCAAAUACUGACCAGCAGUUAUUGUACUGACGGCGCCUGAAAAUCGCAUCAGUUAUUAUGUGUGUGUGAUUUAGAAUAUAACGAAGCCAACAACAA